AUGGGCUUCACCACUGGAUUCACCGGCGGUGUGACCGUAACCCUAGGCGUAGCCUACCUCACAGUCCUCGCCCACCAACGCAACCGCGAAAGCCAGUCCCACACCCUCCGCACCCAACACCACGUCCUCUCCUCCCUCCUCGAGCCCCAAAUCCGCAUCCCUCCGCCCCUGACCCGCGCCGAACAGGCCGUCAAGGACCGCGAGACGCUCCUCACCUCCGCCAAAGACCGCUGGAACCGCGAGGUAGAGAACGCCGUCCGCUGGGCGCAGCGCACCGACUGGGGCGAGGUGCGCGAGGGUCUCGAGAGCGGCGCCGCGCGCUUCUGGGGCGGCACCAUUGAAAAGGCCGGCGAGGCGGAGCAGGCCGUCGAGAAGAGCGCCGUCCCGCUGGCCAAGGAGGCUUCGGCCAAGGGCGCUGCCGCUGCGGAGGCGACCGGCGCGGAGGUCAAGAAGGAGGCGCGCAGCGCGUGGGAGCGCGCGAGGGAAAAGAGCCUCGCUGCCGAGGAGGCUACGCGCGCCAAGGCCGCUGAGGCGAAGAAGCUCCUCGACGCGAAAGCCGCCGAGGCCAAGAAGAUUGUCGACAGCAAGGCCGCCGAGGUCAAGGCCGUCGUCGGCGACGUGGUGGACAAAGGACGGCAGCAAGGGGAGGCGGUGCUCGUGGCGGCGAAGCAGGCGGUGGGCGUAGCCGAGGACAAGGUCAGCAUCAAGGCCGACGGCGCGGUGGCGCCCGCGACGACGCCGGUACAGAAGGCGCUGCACCAGCGGUACGAGAAGCCGAGCGGGUUGACCAAGAGCGUCAAGGAGGUGCUGGCGGAGCGGUACCGCAAGAUGGACGAGCAGGAUAAUACGCAGCUUCGGGACGUGGGAUUGAGGGGGGCGGGAGGAGAGCGGAUGGUGGGAUUAUUGUACUACCAACCAGACCACACAUAUAGAAUGAAAAACGGCAAGCCUCUUCUUUUUGUUUCUCUUUUGUGGAAUCGUCAGUCUUCUUCUCUGGUUCCCGCGGGCGGAAGCUCUAUCAUUCAGGGGGGUCGCGGAACGGUGGACGAGAUCCGAGAUCGAGAAAAUCGAGGCUUCGCGGAGGACAAGACAGCUCAGCGUCUUCCAACCUCGCCCACGAUCAUACUCUCAUGUCGAAAACACCAAGGACCGCGAGCGACCCCCGCCCGCAUCUUCAUCCGCCUCCGCGACCGCGUCCAACUCUUCCUCGAACGCUUCGUCGACGGAGACACCACGGCACAAGCCGGCUUCAGAACCUACAAGGCGCACCGGGACGCGCGAUGGCUCGCCAGAGAUCGGGGCCUUGCGUCCGCGGCGCUGGCCGCCGUGUCGAAUACCGAGGGUGAGCCGAGUCGCCGCAGUAGGAAGAGGAGUGCGGUUAUGCAGCAGGGGAAUCUGGAUGUUGCGCUUGGUGGUGGCGAUGGUGGUGGUGGUGACGAUGUCGAUGAGGGGCUGGUUAUUCCCAAGACUAGGGAGCAAGGCAAGGAAAUGCAGAUGAAGGGGAUUCUAGCCCACGAUUCUGGGAAACCUUCUACGUUGGAGACGACAUCAUCAGGCGGGAAAGAGAGACGCCAAACUAGGACCCCUUCCCAGCUGCACAGCCUCUCUAGAUCAAGUACGCUCUCAUCCAUCGUCUCCUCGACCUUCCUGGGAGGUAGUCAGAGACAGCAGAAGAGAAGGAGGAGGAAGAGAGACAGGUCGGACGCUAGGCCGGGCUACUUUGAUCCGGACCCGUCACCUGCACUCACCAAACCACCCCGCGCGCUGGCGUCGGUGGUGAUGAGAGAUGACGAUGAUAGGUUGGAGAUGAAUGUGCCUGUUGAGUUGGCGAAGGGGUCUUGGGGUGUUCCUGUUGGGACUGCGAGGAGGCAAGUUGUUGAGGGGUUUAGGAGGUGGCCGGUGAAUAUCGUCUUCCUCCACAAGCCUUGA